AUGGGUGACAAUGUUGCAGAAAUGGGUGACAAUGUUGCAUCAGUUGCUGAAGCUGCAAAUAACACCAUGGUGACUUAUGAUGUAGGCCACCCAUAUCACCUCAAUCCUUCAGAUUCCCCUGGGAUGAAUCUCAUCCAUUCUAUAUUUGAUGGAAAAGGUUUUCCAGGAUGGAGAAGAUCAAUCUUCAUAGCCUUGUCUGCAAAGAAGAAAUUAGGCUUUAUCAAUGGAUGCAUUAAAGCACCAGAACCAACAUCUAAAGAUUAUGAACAAUGGAGCUGUGUAAAUGAUAUGAUAAUAGCAUGGCUUUUGAAUGCAUUAUCUCUAGAUAUUAGAGAUAGUGUCAUUUACUCAAAAACAGCUAAAGAGCUAUGGGAUAGUUUGGAACAAAGAUUUGGAAAGCUGGAUGGAGCUAAACUCUAUCAACUUCAAAAGGAAUUGUCCACUGUAGUGUAG